CCUCGGCAAAGCAGUCUCCCGGACUCCAGCCUACGUCGCGCCUGGGCCGGCUUCAUCUUCCUCCCGCAGCCAUGUUUGGCUCCAGGAGGCCGUGAACCGAACAUCUCUAGCGGUGCAUAUGCAUUGACGUCUCUGCCCGCCGGGGAGAAGGGAGGCGCUUCCCUUCUCCUGCAGACCCGCCCGGAUGGCGGCGCGCCAGAUGGCGGUGCUGGCAGCCGCGCUCUGUGCGCUGCCGGCCCUGGUCAGCGCCCUCAGCGUCCAGGGCAGGGCGGGCGCCGCGCAGGCCCAGACACCGCCGGACGCGCAGGAACGGUUCGAGGAGCUUUCCAGCGGCGGGUGGGACAACUCGUCGCUCUCCGGACCAGGUUCGCGGCCUGAGCUGUGCAAGCCCUACCCGGCCCUCGCGGACUUCUUCCUCCGGUGGAUCGGCAACCACCGCGACGAGGUCCAGUCUAUGGUCGAGGUGAGCGCAGGCCAUUGGCCCACUGGGUGGCAGCGUUUCGUAGAGUGGCCCGACAUCGACUACACUGGCGUGGACCUGCUCGAUGACGUGGUCGCCGCCGACAAGAAGUAUCUGGCCGAGCAUGGCAAGGGCGGGCUGCGCAGCAUGGCCUUCCAGCAGGGCGACAUGCUGCUCGACGCCAGCCUGCCUAGGGCGGACCUUCUCUUCACAAAGGACACGCUCAUCCACUUCCCCAACAAGUACAUCCAGCAGUUCCUCAAUAAUACGGUGCUGCAGUGCCCGCCGAAGUACAAAUACGUGAUGUUCGUCCACGACUCGCGGCCGCGCGACCAGGCCAACAACGACAUCAACAGGUUCGGCGAGUUCCACGGCCUCCAGCUGAAGAACCCGCCCUUCAACCUCAAGGUCUCGACGCGUUUCAAAUGGACGGCCAGUCUCGACGGGAAGACCCGUGUCGUGCAGGUCCUCCGCCCAGAGAAGUAUUGCGGGGACACACCUCCGACUGUCGACCUCGAUGCCCUCGAGGCGCAUGAGCGCGAGCGUGAGAGGAGAAGAAAGGUGCGGGCAAGGAAGGCACACGAGGCGGAACUGAACGCCGAGAUGCCAGCCUCGGCCACUGAUGAGGCGGAGGAGACGGCCAAAGCGAGCGAACCAUACUGAUGGGGAUGGCGCUCCGAGACCAGCCUCACCUUUUUGUACCCAGAGAAUGUGCCACUGCGGACCUUGUGUUGCCCGGAAAAAAGAAUCGGGUUGGCGACCCCGCUGCAAGUCUACACCCUGCUUGAUUCCUUGCUCUCCUCGGCCCCUUGCCACGCAUCCACAUCCUCAUUCCUCCUCGCACUUCCCUCUUCC